UAUACAUGAAUGGGCACCGUGUGGUACAGUUGUUGUUACUCUAUAUGGUCAUAAGAACAAAGUGCACCUUCUGCAAUAUAAGCUUACAUUUUUUACAUGUUCAGCUGCUAGGAACUUGUUAAAUGCUAAAAAGUCACAUUCAAGUACCAAACUGAUCAUGAACGAGGACUCUUAACCUCACGAACGUGGAAAAGCACAAGACAUCCUAGAAUGUCUUCUACUAUUUAUGGCAACCCAUGAGGCAUCCAUCAGGAUAGAAAGCCUGCUCUGUUCUGUUCAUGAUUCUUUAAUUUCACCCUCCCUUUCCAUUCCUUGCCAUCUUUGGUUUUAAGAAUACCGCAGGGAGUGAGAGAGAUGAGAAGGAGCUCCUCUUCCAAGCAUAGCAACAGGAGCAUGGAGGUGGAGCCCAAGUUACAAGAGCCUCAACUGUCUGGUGCCUACAUCCGUAGUCUUGUCAAGCAGCUGAGCUCUUCAAGGACCAAAGAUCCCAUGAAAUCAAAGUCUAGAGAUGGGGCAAGUGCAGGUGAAUUUUCUCAAGACAUCGCUAAAGAUGGUGAGCGCCUUGGUGACACUCAACAGCAACAAUCACCACCAUCAUCAAUGAAAGCUUUGCUACGAAAGAAACAGGUGAGAAGAAGACUCCGUACCAGUAGGCCUUACCAAGAAAGAUUACUUAAUAUGGCAGAGGCUAGGAGAGAGAUUGUGACUGCACUUAAACUUCAUAGAGCUACCAUGAAACAAGCAAAUGAGCAACAGCAGCAGCAGCAGCAGAAACAGCAGCAGCAGCAACAACAACAACAACAACAGAAUCCAUCACCUUCUCCAACUCUGGAGCUAUCUCCAGCAGUGCUAGAGGAGUUGCAGCAGGAGUUGAAUGAGUAUAGGAGAAAUUCUAGGAUUUAUACUCCUAACAACACAUUUCCUAACUACGCCCACAACACCAAAUUGUCACCCUUUACUUACCCUUCUUACUCUUGGAUUUAUCCACCAAUUACACGACUAUCCAUCUCUGAUGACCUCAACAUCCCUUUGCCCAAUCAACCAUUAGGCUUAAAUCUCAACCUUCAAAGGUUCAACAAUAAAGACGAGUCCUUUUGCAACAACCUCAAUAGGAAACCAUCAAUCCAGCCAUCAUCUUGUUCAAAUUCUUCUGCUAGUAUCAUGUCAAGCAUCAAAAUACCAUGUAUCUCAAAGAUUUCCUGCCAGGCCUCUGGGGUUCCAUUGGAUCCUGCACCAGUGUCAUUGCAUCCAAUGAUGGAUGAUGAUGAAAUUGCAGAGAUCCGUUUGAUUGGAGAACAGCAUGACAUGGAGUGGAAUGACAAGAUGAACUUGAUGACAACAGCAUGGUGGAGUAAGUACCUCAAAAACAUGGAGGAUGGCCUAUGUGAAAAGGAAGAUCCACAUGAAGCAGGUUUUCAAAUGUUCAAUGAGGUAUUCAACAUGCCAUCUUGGUUGAGUAAUGAAGGGGAUGCUAAAGAGUCUUGCCUCUUCCAACCACAUAUGAAUAGCGACUACAAUGAAGAGGACUACAUGCAUGAUGCUGCCUUUCCAUGCUUUGACACCGGAGAAAUCAAAGAUUGGAAUGGAGAAUGGAUACUAUAGUGAGGCUUAUCAUUUUUUAUAAAGGAUGAUUCAUCAUCACUAUUGUCAUAGUUUUUUUUUUCCAUUUUUCAUAUUUUCAAUAAAUGACCAUGUUAAAAAUAUCAUGGCAAGCACAUGCAGAGUAAAAUGUAAUGGGGAAAGAGCAAACCAGAUCUUUUGUUUGUCAAUUGUUCAUUAUAAGCAUAUGAUCAAAAGAAAGGCUAGAAAUAUGAUAAAUUGUUUAGACGCUAAUCCCACCUACCACCUGCAAGACUUUGUGAUCAAAAGAAGAGAAUUGGAUUAGUGAGAGAGAAAACCCAAUAUACGGCAAUGUACCAACAGUAGGAGAAUUCUAGGUGGCCUUGAUCCACACGUUUUCUAUUUUUUCUGUUGAUGAGAAAUUGAAGCCUUA